CCAGGAAUUGGCUGCAAUUUCGCCCAUAGUCUUCAGUUUAGUAGACCAAGGUCCCCAUACGCUAGUAAUAUCACCAAUAUACACAAUUAUUAAAGCCCGCAAAUACGGGACAGCGGGGAGCUAAUAAUCACGCGUUUUUGUUUUUAUUUUGCUCGUUUUGAUCUCGCCGUCCGCCUGUGGACUAGGAUAAGCUAUGAAUUUUGAAUUUGAGAGGGAGAUUGGGUUCAUAAACAGCCAGCCUUCCCUUGCAGAGUGCCUGACGUCUUUUCCCGCUGUCCUGGAGUCAUUUCAAACUUCAUCAAUCAAGGACUCGACAGUAAUUCCUCCUCCUUUCGAGCACACCAUCCCCAGCCUGAGUCCCUGCACAAGCAGCCAGGCGCGACCGAGAAGCCAAAAGCGAACCUCCAAUGGCCUCCAGCUUCGGACGCCACAGCCGCAACAGGGCCCAGCCCCGCCGGCGAGUACGGCUGGCCCGCUGGCACACGAGUUCCCCUGGAUGAAAGAGAAGAAAUCUUCGAAAAAGGGAACCAAAUCUGGGAAUGCCACGGUAGCCUCCUCUUCUCCCUCUCCGGCAUCCUCCGGGUACGCCACUGCAGGACUUGAAUCACCGACAGAGGCGCAGGGUGGACUAGACAGCGGCAGCGGAUCCCGGAGGCUGAGGACUGCCUACACCAACACGCAGCUACUGGAGCUGGAGAAGGAGUUCCACUUCAACAAAUAUCUCUGUCGGCCCCGGCGGGUGGAAAUAGCUGCCCUUCUGGAUCUAACCGAGAGACAGGUCAAAGUGUGGUUCCAGAACCGGAGGAUGAAGCACAAGCGGCAAACGACACACCACAGGGAAGGCCAAGAGGGCGACCCCGGCGGGUUCGAGCCCCUGGAAGGUGCCGAUGCUUCCUCGCCUUACUCGAGCCAGCCACUGGAAGCCUCGGGCUCGGCUGCGUCUGAGGGGGAGACGUGUAACUCGGCAGCCUCCUACACGAACAGCAGUGACAAUAACCAGCCCACGCCUGAGGAGGACCAGCUGAGCUGCCAGGAGCCCACAUCAGUCUCUGACACAACUGUGCGGUCGACCCGGUUCCCAACGCCCACUGCAGAUAACCCCGCAACAAUGGGCGACGGUGGCGCAUCUGGCCCGGAUCAUUCGUUUUCAGAGCAGCAGGACGCCUCCUCCCUGCCCGAUUUGAAUUUCUUUUCUGCUGAUUCCUGCCUCCAGAUUUCUGACGCUUUAUCGCCCAGCUUGCAGAGCUCGCUCGACAGCCCGGUAGAUUUCUCCGAGGCGGACUUUGACUUAUUUACAAGCACACUUUGUACAAUAGAUUUACAACAUUUACAGUUCUAACAACAACAACAACAACAAUACAGAACAAUCGAAUUAAGGAGAAUGCCCCACCGUAUUACAAUGGUAUGAAUGCUUCUCGGCAACAUUCCUGAAACAUUUAUGAAAAAGAUUCCUGGGUUCAUUUUGAAGAUAACAUAGAACCUGAGAUAGCAAAGGAGCGAUUAUGUCCUUUCCUGGCAUUAUAAUUUUGGUUUACUCCAUCGAAAUCACAUACGGAUUUCCCCUUGUUC